AUCCGUCCAGUUUGACAUUUCCUUCUACGGUACGAUAGAGCCCUAUCUACGCACCUGCAUCCAUCCAUCAAUCAAUCCAUCAACCACAGGUGGAUUUCCCUACCAUCCAUCUGCACAUCGCUCGGUACACAUUAAGGUAUUGUUCCUCUCGCACGCGACCAAAAGUCCCCGCCCAUGAGAGGCAACCGCCGCAUCACGGGCGUCGUCGUCGCGCCGCUGCAGUCAAUCAGUCUAUUCUUCUCCUCUGCGUCGACCAUUCGGUCUGACCUCCGCCCCGAACCUCUCUCAGAGACAUUCCUCUCCCACCCCGAACUUUUACACCAUCGUUGUGUGUUUGUGUCUGUGUGCGUGUAUGUGUCUGUAUGUCUGUGUGUCUGUCUGUCUGUCUGUCUGUCUGUCUGUAUGUCUGUGUCUGUGUGCACGCGUGGGCGCCUGGGCCUCACGGGCGUCGUCAUGGCCGUUGGGAAUCUCACGCCCACGGGCAUUGUGGAAAGUUUAAACCCGGUUUGUCCACCAUUCUUUCAUUGCCAUAAAAACAAAUUAUUGCUGCUGCAAAUGUCCGAAGGGAUGGCGGAGAGAGGGAGGGAGGGAGGAAAUCGUCCGGUUCUGCAGCGUGUGGAUUCAUCCGCUCCUCGAACACCAUCUGCUGGGCUCUCUGUGGACUCUCAUGUAGUGUCAUACUGUUCUAUGCAUCUCUCUCGGGCGGGUCGUGUGGAUUCCUGUGAUGUGAGAUAUUAUACAGUCACCUAAUCGGUGACAUUGUAGACACAGACACAGACAUAAACACAGAUAAGACAUUCAUGUCUGUUAUCCUUUCGUGCAUCCAUCAUCUGGAAUUGUGGCCUCCAGCCCGCGAGUGCGCCUUGUGACUG